AUGGGGAAGAAAAGAAAACGUGACAAAAGUGAAGAAUCUAUUCGAAAAAAGAUAAGAAAAUUGAAAAGUGAACUGCAGAAUCGUCGAAGAAUAAUUUCGUCAGACGAAGAUAUUCAGAACAAGAUGACAGGUGUGCUCACACCAUGUGAUGCACCCUGUUCGCCCCAUACAGUGGAGACACACAAUUCUGAGCAUCAAGAUGGUUCUCAGCUUUUCCCUGCAGACCCAGCUACAGAACCAAUAGAAACUGUUGACGAUAAGCUAGAU